AUAUUAACCUUCUAAUUAUCUUGGCAGAUUAUUUGUAAUCUAAUCAUGGCUUACAAUCUGAAAUUGUUCUCAAUUACUCUUCUGAUCUGCAUAAUCUUUUCACCAACUGAAACAGCAUCAACAUUCAGCCAUUACAAUUGCACAAAAAUAGAAACAUUUAGUCCAAAUAGCAACUACAAAAUCAAUCUAAACACACUCUUAUCAACACUUUCAUCAAAAGCUUCUGAUAAAAUCAACAAUGGCUACUACAAUACUAGUAUUAGUACAAUUGGUGGAACGGAAGACACAAUCUAUGGUCUUUUCAUGUGCAUUGGACACACACAGCACUGUGGAGAUUGUGUUAAAAACUCUGCCAAAACACUUACCUCAAUGUGUGAUUCCAAAAAAGAAGCUAUAAUUUGGUCUGAUGAAUGCAUGGUGCAUUAUUCCGGACGGUCUUUCUUCGAAACUAUGGAAGAAUCUCCAUCAUGGUGUGUGAAAGACUCGUUAGAUUAUAAAGGUUCAUUUGAUGGAUUCAACAAAAAGCUAAGUUCUUUAAUGGUGAAUCUUUUAACAGAAGUAAAUAAAGCUUCACCGCGAAAUGCUACUAAAUUUGUUCUCAGGAGAUCAAUUUUCUUUGAGGAUAAAUUCUUGAAUGGGCUUGCUCAGUGCAUACCACAUAUCUCUAAUGAUAACUGCAUGAAGUGUUUGAAGGAUGCUAUUGAUUAUCUUCAAACUUCUUGUGCUAGAGGAAAGAUUAGAGGAAGUGUUUUAUAUCCAAGUUGCAUUGUUAGAUAUGAUCCUUAUCCAUUUUUUGCACAACCUAUAGGAGCAAAAAAGAAAAAUGAACCAGACCCAUUUUUCAUAAUUUUUCAUAUUGUUGCUCCUGUCAUGGUUGUCUCUGUCACGGUAUUCCUUUUCGCGUAUUAUGUGCUAUGUAGGAGAGCAAGGAAGAAUCUCAAGUACCACAAAGAAAAUUUUGGGGGAGAUAUUUCAUCAGAAGUAAACACUCUGCAAUUUGAUUUCAAUAUGAUUCGACUAGCGACAAACAAGUUCUCUGAUGAUAACAAGAUAGGAGAAGGUGGUUUCGGCGAUGUUUAUAAGGGAAUGUUUCCUAAUGGAUUUGAAAUAGCAGUGAAGAGGCUCAUAAGAAAUUCAAGUCAAGGAGCUUUGGAAUUUAAGAAUGAAGUGUUAUUAAUAGCAAAACUUCAACACAGAAAUCUUGUGAGAUUAUUAGGAUUUUGCAUUCAAAGGAAUGAGAAGAUACUAAUUUAUGAAUAUAUGCACAACAAAAGCCUUGAUUAUUACCUAUUCAGCCCUGAAAACCAUAAAAAGUUAACGUGGCACGCACGUUACAAGAUUAUAAGAGGAAUUGCGCGAGGUAUUCUUUAUCUCCAUGAGGAUUCUCAUCUAAAAAUCAUACACUGUGAUCUUAAACCGAGUAACAUUUUGUUGGAUGACAAAAUGAAUGCAAAGAUAUCAGAUUUUGGCUUGGCAAGGAUUGUUGCCAUUGAUCAAAUGCAAGGAAAUACUAGUAUAAUUGCUGGAACAUACGGUUACAUGUCUCCCGAAUAUGCAAUGCUUGGCCAAUUUUCUGAGAAAUCUGAUGUAUUCAGCUUUGGAGUUAUAAUUCUUGAGAUUGUCAGUGGAAAAAGAAAUAUUGAUUACAAUGGAGUAAAUUCCAUUGAUGACCUCGUUAGCCAUGCAUGGAAGAAAUGGAGAGAAAAUAAGGAAUUGGAAUUAUUAGAUGCUGCAUUGACAUACUCAUUUUCAGAAACAGAAGUAUAUAGGUGCAUCCAAAUUGGUCUACUAUGUGUGCAAGAAAAUCCAGAUCAAAGACCUACUAUGGCAACAAUUGCUUUGUAUUUCAACUGUGAUUCAAUAGAUCUACCAUGCCCUCAACAGCCAGCAUUUUACAUGCGUGGAAAAAUAGAAACAAGGGUGGCUAGUAAAAUAGCAAUGUCAGGUAGACCUAGGAGUUAUUCAGUUACAAGGUUUUAAGUUGUUGUCAUAUUUGUGAUUUACCUCACAAUCUUUUAAAGUGAGGGAAAUGGCAUAAAAAAAUAUAGUUCAUGUGAUUUCAAUUGCAGUAUAAUAUGCAUAGAAUUUUAAAACUUUGAUGUUAUGAUGUUGUAAAAUAUAUUUUAGCAGUAGUAUAAGUAAGUAACUAUGUGUCCAUGAA